UACCACAUCGAUUCAGAGUGGUAGAAGCACACGGCGCUGAUGCUCAGAGCUUCCUGUUUUUAGGUGUCACAAUGGCGACUAUGUUGCUUCUGCUUCUCUGUCUGACAGGACACGUGUUUGCCAAAGAACCACCCGAUGUAGACUGUUUGGUGGUGAACCUGAACCAUGUUCAAUGUUCCUGGGAUAAGGAGGGGACUCCAGAAGUCAAUUACACCUUCUACAGCUGGUUCAACAAUGAAGAGGUCAGUGAGUGCCCCACCUAUCUGUUGGAGACCAAUAUAAACACUGGAUGUAAACAGCCCUACCGCAAUGGGCAGAGGUUCGGGCGAUUUUACAGCAGACUUCAACUUCAACAUGGCCAACAGAAUAAACCGAAGGAGCAUUUUCUUAAAAACAAAGUCAAGUUAAAUCCACCAACUAACGUGACUGCUCAGAAUCGAUCCGACUCCAACCUGUGGGUCAAUUGGAACCAGACAAAUUGUGUGCAGAGUGAGGGUCGCUACAGGAUCAACAACAGGAACUGGGAGACUUUUAAGGUUAGUACUGACGUGAAGGAAUACUGCAUCAACUUGCCCUCAAGGAAAUCCCUGUAUGAGGUGCAAGUGAGGAGCAGAGUGUCGUCUCUUUGUGGAGAGUCUGAAUUCUGGAGUGACUGGAGUGAGCCUGUGCUCUGGGGAUCUAACAACAGCACAGCCAAUCAGAUGGACAUGUCAAUGUCCGUGUGGAACCCAGUGCUCUACGCGGUGGGGGCUUUCAUCCUCAUCCUACUGGUCAUGAUGCUGCUGCACCAUGAAAGGAUCAGAAUCAUUUUCAUCCCUGUGGUUCCUAAGCCAUCUCCAAAACUUCACAACAUCGAGGAUUGGUUUCAAUUCCCUAAAGGCCUGAAAGAGAGUUUUAACUACAACGAGCGUCCCUGUAUUGUCCGCGAGUAUUGCCAUGUUGCUCAAGUUGACAGCGAGGCCUCCUCUAUCCCUGAGAGCGAAUGGGACCUGUCCAACUCCGGCUCCUCUUCUACCACCACUGUCUUGUCCGAGGAGGGGAUGGUUUCUGUUUAGGAGGUAUCUCAGGCAAAAAUUACAAAGCAGAUAUUCCUAUACGACUGCAAAGAUCACAAAUGUUUUGUCCCCUUGAUGAGAAGAAAACCUCUGCGAGGAACCUAGCAAUUUGAUUAAAUUAAAGUCAUCAACACAAAUUAACACAAAUAACCUAAUGCAGAGGCUAAGUGUAACCAAAAAAAACUUUCUUUAUAUAUUACUUUUCAUUCCUGACAAGUUACUUUUAAAAACAUGCUUCAAAGUAUGAUCAUAUAUCAAGUGCUUAUCAACCCCUUUGGGGCAACUAUGUUUUCUCUAGUUUUCGCUCUUUUUGUUGCAUAUCCAAAAAACAGUAUUUAGAUAAUCCCUCAUAAUUCCUGAUUUAAGCACAAUUAUUCCUAAAACGUAUACUUUAUUAUAGGUUAUACAUAUUUCACAUAACUUAUCAUCAUGUCAUUUCUGUACCAUGUUUUUUUAACUGUCAUUAACCAUAAAACCCAGCCUUACCCAGCUGAGCAGGAGGAGGAAAAGCCCAAAGAAAAAUGUAGGGAUUAUAUUUGUAAUAAUAAAACAGGAAUGCAAUCCUGGGGUGAUUUAAAGGGUGAUAAAUAGUAAAAUCACUGACUUUACAUUUAGCUUUAGUCAGGGUUUUUUUCAGGUUUUACAUUUUUUGCCUAAAUUGAGUUUAGUGAUAUGGUUUUGCUGUGUAUUGAAACGUGUGUAUUUUAUAUAUUCAACCUUUUAUAAGAUAUUGUGUAAUGAAACAAAGUCAUGUGCCUAAAUCCCAAAAUGAUUAACAUAUUCAAAUGUAAUUUUAAUUUAGAAGUAAAAUGGCUUGCACACGAUGCAUAGCUGUGUGUUUGGUAACAUUUGUAAAAGUAGUAAUUAACUGGAUGUUGGUUUUAGAGAUGUUUUAUUAUGACAUCUAAUAUCUCAAUGUUCACAAUUCACUUAAGUACUGAGAAAAAACACAAUAUGUGUAGUUAAAUUUUAUAACAAGGUGUUAUAUAUAAAAGGUUUAUAAACUUCAGCGGAUGAGCUAUUGGCUUUAACAAUGGAUAAAAAUCUUCACUUUCUAAUGUUAUCUGCAAACUGGGGUUGUCAAGUCUGGAAAUAUUUUAGAACUGCUACAAUACAACACAAACACCUGUUUAUAAUUUGAAUACUAGAUUGUGUAUUGUAUAUACCCUUUAUAAUGACAUUAUAAUAUUAGAAUGUUCAGAUAACUUGAUGGAUUAUUAGAAGUUGAGCAACUAUUUAGCAUCUAUUAAUGGAUUCAUAUAUUUAUAACGGUAUUAUCACUAAAUUGAAGGACAAAUGCUAGCCAAAUUUAGUAUUCACACACAACACAACAUACAUGUCUUCAUUAGGCCUUGAGAGGAGUCUAUACGACAUAAGUAAGUCCUUCCUAUUGCAUAAGAAAAAGCCACUUCAACCAAUGAUGGCUCAUUAGAAAGUGGUAACUCAAAAUUAGAAUAACAAGAUGGUAUGCUUGCAUAGUAGGCUAAUAUAACAAUAGCUUCAACCUAGCUCAUUCUUUUUUAAUCAUAUUAAUGUGUAUGUUACAUUUCUUAAUAUCUGUUAAUGUACUUUUUGAGUUUGAUUGGUAGUUUAUUGUAACCCUUACGUUUACUUUUUAAAACACGCAUUUGCUAUUGGGUGUGCUAUUUAGACGUUGUGUCAUGACCUGUUUAAUAAAUAUAACGUUACAUGUCCA